GAAGUGGUAAUAGUGGUGACACUGUAUUGGUUCGUAUCGAUUGCGAUGGUAUUCCUCAACAAACACCUGCUCUCGUCGGGUGACGUCCACCUAAACGCCCCGCUAUUCGUCACAUUCUUCCAGUGUCUGUGCGCUCUCACCAUCACUGGUGUGCUGUCGAUGCUAUCGGCGGUCAAUCCGCGGCUCUUCUCCGCACCGCCGCUGAGCUUCAAGUUGUCGACCGCGCGAGCAGUGCUUCCACUGUCGGUGAUGUUUGUAUCGAUGAUCACAUUUAACAACCUGUGCCUAAAGCACGUGGGCGUCGCCUUUUACUUCGUGGGCCGUUCGCUGACCACUGUAUUCAACGUACUCUUGACGUACGCCAUACUCAGGCAGCGGACAUCCGGGCCGGCCAUCGCCUGCUGUCUGACCAUCAUUCUGGGCUUCUUCCUGGGCGUGGAUCAAGAGGGAGCCGCCGGUUCGCUGUCGUGGUGGGGCGUCGGCUACGGUGUGUUGGCCUCACUGUUUGUCUCGUUGAACAGCAUAUUCACGAAGGAUGUGUUGCCGGCCGUCGGCCACAGCGUAUGGCUGUUGACGUUUUACAACAACGCCAACGCUGUGCUGCUCUUCGCGCCCCUAAUGAUAGUGACCGGCGAAGUGUCUGAGGUGUGGAACUACUCACGUCUCGGCGACAUAACCUUCUGGAAUCUGAUGAUAUUGGGCGGCGCUUUCGGCUUCGCCAUCGGCUACGUCACUGGCCUGCAGAUCAAAGUGACGUCACCGCUCACCCAUAAUAUCUCCGGUACGGCCAAAGCGUGCGCGCAGACAGUGUUGGCCACCGUAUGGUAUGACGAGCACAAGUCGCCGAUGUGGUGGUUCUCUAACCUACUGGUGCUCUUGGGUUCGGCCGCCUAUACCCGCAUCAAACAGCUCGAGAUGAAGCGCUCCCACGAAGAGUCUCACGUCUCGGCCGCCGAUAGUGACGGCGCCGUCGCCGCCGACAAAGAGAAACUCCUCAAGAGUUAUGUUUAG